CAUCAAUACAAUUAUAAUUGAUACAAUGGCGUCCUUUAAGCCUUCGCAUAUUCUGGUGUUCGGUGCCACAGGCAACAUUGGCAAAUACAUCGUCAAUCAGCUCAUUGCCGCUAAGCCGCCGUUCCCUCAAAUUUCGGUCUUCACUUCUGCAAACACAGUGUCCACCAAGGCUGAGCUUUUGAACAAAUGGAAAGCUGCAGGAGUAUCAGUUGUCGUUGGUGACAUUAAAGACUCGACAGACGUGAAAAAUGCCUAUCAAGGCGUUGACACCGCCAUCAGCUGCCUUGGCAGAGGGGCUCUACAGUAUCAAUUUGAGCUCAUCAAGCAAGCGGACGAGUCUGAAUCCGUGCGGUGGUUCUUCCCUUCAGAAUACGGCACCGAUCCAGAUCACAACCCCAGCAGCGCACAUGAGAAACCCCAUACGUUCAAACGGGCAGUUCGCAAGUUGUUUGCCGAGGAGCUGAAGAAUCUGAAGCCAACAUACCUAGUUGUAGGGCCGUACAUUGAGAUGUGGGUUCCUAAAGAUUUAAUAAGCGGCUUUGAUAUACAGAAGAGAGAGGCAACUCUGCUUGAAGAUGGCGAGCAGCCUAUUGGCUUCACCGCUAUGGAUGAUGUUGGUAAAGGAGUGGUGGCUGCGUUGCAGCGCCCAGAAGUAUCUGUUGGAAAGGCGUUGAAGAUUGCUUCUUUCACAAAAUCGUCGAACCAGGUUCUUGCUGAGUUUGAAAAGCAGCUUGGCGAAAAGUUCAACGUCACGUACGUCCCGCUCGACGACGUAAAGAGCGUUGAGAAGAAGUUUUGGGAUGAGGGCAAUCCGUUGGCAGUCAUGGCGGCGCUGCGACGAAUCUGGGUUACAGGCGGAGCGGUGUACGAUAAGCUGGAUAACGAGGCACUUGGGCUCAAUGAUGGUCAAUUGCAAUCUCUGGAAGAAGCAAUUCGGGACAGAAUCGCUGGAAAGCCAUUUUAACGUAACCGGCAUUCCUGAGCUUUUCGUUGCCAGUUGCUAUUAUGAACCGGAAUAUCUUGACUUCUCAAGAAGGUCACACAAUCGAAUGACUCUGGGAUUCACGAGACCCCACUACAGCAUGCUAAUGCUAUACUGUGCAGAGAAAAUAGAAUGAGAUGAAGAAGAGAUGUUGCAAUUGAGUCGCCAAUGUCCCUUACAAGAUGUCUUUUCUUAGUCCUAGAGUGCAAUCCUAAUGAUUUACAUUGACAUC